CUAUACUCAGACACUGUAAAAGAGCUGUUUCUUUAUCAGCAUAUCUUACUGGAUAUCUGGGGAGCUAAAACCAUAUUCCCCUGAAGGUGAUCAGGAUCAUCCUCUGUCUGAAAUACUUUCAAGAUGAACAGCUCUUCUGUGGAACCCCUGAACAGUGUUGCUGUCAACCUCAGUCACCUAGAAUCCUGUAGUCCGGAGCCACAGCACCUCACCAUUACUGUAUUGCUCUGCCUGGUCUUUCUAGUGGGGUUCAUACUGAACAGCUUCAGUUUAUGGGUCUUCUGCUAUCGUAUUUCUCACUGGACCUCUAGUAACGUCUUGCAGUUCCACCUGGCACUGAGCGACGCUAUUAUCACCCCAGCAGCUCCUUUGAUGGCAACCUACUUCAUCAAAAGCAAUCACUGGACCUUUGGCAGCUUCCUCUGUAAGACGAAGAUCGCCCUACUUACCAUGCACUUGUAUGGCAGCAUUCUGUUCCUCAUGCUCAUUAGCAUCCAUCGCUAUAUAGUUGUGGUCCAAUACAAGAAAACUUCACCUAUGAAACAAGUGAAAUUCAUUCACAAACUUUGCGGUGGGAUCUGGUUGUUAUUACUGGCUAGCGGGACAGCCAUCUUUAGUAUGUUUAACACCAGUAACGUUGGCAACCAAACUCUUUGCCUCAGCAUUCACCAAGAUGAAUACACGCAAGUCUACUUCACAGUGAACUUAUUCAUCCUUAUCCUGGGGUUUCUUGUGCCAUUCGCCGUGACUAUGGUGUGCUACUUCCUUUUGGCCAGCUCCGUGUCUCGCAUCAACACUACCACCACGAAAGGACAAGCCAUUAAAUCCAAAUCACACAAGACGGUGGCUAUCUGCCUGGCGAUUUUCGGCUUCUGCUUCAUGCCGAUUGCCCUGGUUCGCACCAUAGCUGUUGUGGUCAAGAUGUUCUUCCCAAAUGAGUGCAAACUCCUCGUGAAGUUGGAGACAGCUUAUUACAUCUGUUGGAUUUUGGCUGGUGCCAACUGCUGUGUGGAUCCUCUACUCUACUGCUUUGUUUCACGGGAUUUCAACAAGUGUCUUCGCACAUCCUUGAAAACUGGAGGCAAAAUUCAAGAGAAGCGUAAUGAGAAUGAGUUAUAUGAUCAAGAUUCGACAUUCAAUUCUCAACCUACCAUCUGACCUAAGUAUUCUACCAUUAUUUGUUUUUACAAAGUCUCACUUAUCCUACUAACACUUUGGGUAUGAAAAAGAUAUUGUGGAAUAAAAAGCUCAAGCAUUUCCAAGUAUAUUUAGUAGAACUAACAGCUGCAGUGCUGGUACAGGUGGGCUCAGAUGAACAUUGUUUUGCCAAAAGUAUCCAAACAUGCCUUCUAAUUAGUGUAACUGGUUAAUUAAGCUGAACAUUGCUGACAUGUAUAAUUAAGCAUGCAAUUGCCAAAAGCGAACUUAAUCAGAAAUUGUCCAUGAAAACAAUUCCAGCAGAACUAUUUGGAACAACGUGGUUUUUAUUAUAAUAGUAAUUGAUACUUUUUAUUGAUUGAAAUUCUCUUUACACCUCCUCCAACUUGCUCUCCGUAGAUGACAGCAAGCUGGCUUUGAAGGGCAGCCACCUGUUGUAGUACCAUGGGGGCUGGGGGUUAAGGGCCUUGCACUAGGACGUUCAGGUGUGCUGAGGCUGGAUGUAAACAGUAGAAACAAACCCUAACAUUACAGUGUGCUAUGACAUUUCUGUGCUUCCUUUUUUAGCCAAGCUCACUAAUGCUUUUCUGGUCAAUGGACGCAAAUCCUAUCAACAAUGUUCAUCAACAUCCAAAAGAGCAGAAGCUGUUACAGCCACAAGUGAGGACCUAUGUCACAUUAACACUCUUAAGUUCCAGAAUGAGAUGUCAGGCAGGCUGGGUGUGGACAGUUUCAGCCAUGUAAUGUACCCAUGAAACUAUGUGUCAUAUCUGCCUUUCACUUCCCCGUGUUUAAAACAUAAAUACAAAAGCAUAUAAAAAGUUUAACAACUGA